AUGGCUCAGAUACCACCACCAGGCCAGGAAAGAUUUCAUUCUGCGCAUGGCGCAGCGUUAGCCAACGCCAUUCCACAACUACAGGAGCCAAACUCACUGUCAGGUGACACGUCCAUGAGGGAAACCCCCGAUGUGUCUGCAGAAAUCGGCAGCCGCUUACACAUCGAGAGUCCAUCGGACGAAGAUGACGACGAAGACAGCUUGCUUUCUGACACGUCUUCCGAAGCCCUCGAGCCGCUCACACCAUCCAAACGGGGUCUGCCGAUUGCCAAGCUUCCCACCGGCCUCUGCUACGAUGAACGUAUGCGAUAUCAUACCGAAGUGGCAGCAAUGAGCGGCGACAAUGUGCACCCCGAAGACCCCAGACGGAUAUACUACAUCUACAAAGAACUCUGUGAGGCUGGAUUGGUUGAUGACAAGAAGUACCCGCCUGUGGUAGAGAUGCCCUUGUUUCGAAUUAAUGCCCGUGAAGCUACGGAGGAAGAGUGUCUGUUGGUUCACACGAAGAAGCAGUAUGAAGAGAUCAAGGAAACCGCUGGCUUGAGCGACGAAGAGCUCAUCGAGCGUUCGGAGCGGUACGAUAUGGAUUCCGUCUACUUCAACCAGCUGUCGUUCUUCUCUGCCAGUCUAUCGACAGGCGCAGCGAUUGAGACAUGCCGAGCAGUAAUGUCUCGAAAGGUAAAGAACGCUAUCGCCGUCAUCCGCCCCCCUGGUCAUCAUGCCGAGAUCAAAAGGCCUAUGGGCUUUUGCCUCUUCAACAAUGUCUCUGUUGCUUCUCGAGUUUGUCAGAAUGAUUUUGGGGAGGAAUGCAGGAAAAUCUUGAUUGUAGAUUGGGAUGUCCACCACGGCAAUGGCUGCCAACAAGCUUUCUAUGAGGACCCCAACGUUCUCUACAUAUCUUUGCAUGUCCAUAUGGACGGAACGUUCUAUCCCACGGGCGACGAAGGUGACAUGUACCACUGUGGGGUUGGCGCUGGCGAGGGAAAAAAUGUCAAUAUUCCCUGGCCCGUGAAAGGUAUGGGUGAUGGUGAUUACAUGUACGCAUUUCAAAACGUCGUCAUGCCUAUUGCCAAUGAAUUCGACCCCGACUUUGUCAUCGUCGCCUCGGGCUUCGACGCCGCCGCUGGGGAUGAACUGGGUGGUUGCUUCGUCUCGCCACCGUGCUAUGCGCAUAUGACGCACAUGCUUAUGUCCCUUGCUGGAGGGAGAAUUGCGGUGUGUUUGGAAGGGGGUUACAACUUCAGGGCUAUCUCGAAAUCCGCUCUCGCGGUCACGCGUACCCUGAUGGGUGAACCCCCUGAUCGCCUGCACGCUACGGCGGCCACACAGGCUGGGCUGGAGACAGUGGCCCAGGUUCGAAAUAUCCAAUCGAAGUAUUGGAGAAGUAUUUAUCCUAAGGAACCUGUCGGCGGAAUAUUCGGCGGAGAGAGAUUGCAUGACAUCAUCCGCCAAUAUCAGGCAGCGCACCUCUAUGACCAAUACAAGUUUACGCAACUGCAUAUCUAUCGCAACACAGUGUCAAAAUCCUUUGACCAGCAGGUCCUCGCAACACCCAAUUAUGAGCGCAAGAAAGCUUUGUUGAUCAUAUUCCAUGACUCACCCGAUCUUCUCGGUGGGAACAAUGGUCUAUCCACGCAACAAAAACUGCAUGACACAUGGCUCGUUGACGGCGCACAGUCGUACGUCCACUGGGCGGUUUCCUCCGAUUUGGGUGUUAUCGACGUCAAUAUUCCCGAAUUCAUCACUGUUUCUCAGCCUGAUGACAAAUCGGAGUAUUUCUCCCCUAACAAUCCAUAUGGAUCUUUUACAGACGUUGAAUACGCGUCCACAAUGACAGACAGUGCCAGAAAAGAAGGCGAGAAACUCGCAUUGUAUCUCUGGGAGAACUACAUCGAGCCGUACGACUUCCCCUGGGGAAUCAUCCUUAUGGGCGCUGGCAACGCGUUCCACGCCAUCGCGAAGCUGGUGUCAGAGAACCCGCGCGUCUACCCCAAGCUAGUGGGGAUCUUGUGUUUCAUAUCCACGCAGCCGAUCCGACCCAUAAGCAAUCCAAGUGGGCAUCACUGGGUGAGUCAGUGGUACCGCGAAAAUUCGUUGGUGUUCAUCAGCGGCCGGCACAGCUUGUGGAAAAAGGAAAUGAAAACGAGCAAGCGGUACGGACGGCUGAUCAAGAGUGACGGAGAGGUUCUGAACCAGAUCAUGAUCCUGCACAGAGACGAGGCCUACGAGUGGAUGGUGGACAAAAUCAAGCAGCGCCGGGACGAGAUGCGAGGCAGUUCUUCGGAGUUAGAGAACACAGAGGACGAUUACAUGAUGGCAGGGGCGCUCCAGGACGGAGAUGCAGACCAGAUGGGGAGGGAGAAGGGGAAGGGAAAGGAGAGCGAUGCCGACGAGCCCCCCACGAUGAAAGCCGAGCGUGAUGCCCCUUCGCGAGCCACGCAGGCUGGCGGAUCGGGACGACUGAGCGUCAGCGCGGUGGGCAACGGAGUCGCCGGUGGGUUCUUGAACACUGCGGUGGCAGAAACAGGUCACACACGCUCAGCGUCUGCCGCUGACAUCAAGGACGUGUAUAUGGCGUUGGGGCCGUGA